CAUUAAAAAUAACAAAAAAAAAUCUCAAACCAAAAUAUAUUACAAAAUAACAGCGAAAAUUUGCUUAACCUCAACCCUGUGUACCACAUGGCAAUCGCUUCAAAUGAAAUAUGCAAAUCAAUCAACUGACGAGUGCCAAGCGAAAUGACACCCGAAUAUUCAAAGUGCAACGGUGAGUGCGCGCAAUCAAAAGUGAAGUGAGCAAAACCAAAAACAAAAACCAUUAAACACACACAAACAAAUUUACAAAAUGUGCAGUGGUGAAUGCUAAAUGCCAAAUGGCAUACACCGUUAGCCAAAUGACAUAUAAGCAGCCGAUAAUCAAGCGUCAGUCGAUAAUCAACGAAUUCGUGUACAAAUUCGUGUACAAUUUACUGCGCAAAGCAGCGCAGGCGAACCCAACGGCAUAACAUAAUGAAAAGUGCCUCGAAGUAGCGUCAAAAGUGAUCGGAACACGAAACGACUGACCAAAGUGGCCACUGUGGUGUUCUAGUUAGCAAUGAACGCUGCCAGCCAGUGAGUGUGAGUGUGAGUGAGUGAAGUGAGCAUAAAUCGAUUAUAGAUUAGACGGAAAUUGGAGUGGCAACUAAGCUUCCGACGCUGAGUCCGGGCAUAUUUGUAUAAAUAUAACGGUAUAUGUGUGUAGCUGGCGCGUAUAACGGUAGUCAUCACGUGCCGCUUAUCACAAGCGAGCAGCAGGCAAUCAAAUAGUUGGUCGUGCGGGGCUGUCAAUUAGCAGCCGAACUGGGUGUGGAAGUGACAGGAGGGACCCUCUGUAACUAUAGAUAUAUAUAUAUGUGUGUAUGCGUGCCAUAUUAUCGCUCGCUACAAGUUCACACGCUUACAUAAAAAUAUCCAGGCAAACACAAGCGCUUCGCUGUAUGAAUGCCAAGUGUCCGUCACUCAUACGCCAUGUUGUCCCCACCCUUCACCUAGCACUGAGGCGUAGCUGUGCGCCACCUUUGUAGGUGUCGGUUAAUUUGUAAAUGAUUUUAAUAGCAUUUGCUAGUGCAACGUGUGCCACACAAAUACAAUAAAGUGUUCGCGUGUGCGUGCGUGUGUGUGUGUGUUACCACGCCAGCUGUAAUAAUAUCGUGUAUCCUUUCGUUUGUGUGCCUUCUUCGAACUUGACUCGAAUUGUGCGUUGUGCUUCGUUUAACGGUUUUGUGUUAUGGCACUAGCAACUAUGUAUGUGGCCAUAUAGUGGCGUCACUUCCCGCUAGGGGCGCACAACAACAGAAAUAAACACAGCAAAAACAAUAAUAUUGCGCGCGAGUGGUUGUCGCGAAUACUUACGUCGCGUAAUUUUUUAUGGCUUUGUGGAUUUCUGCUUUUAAUAGUCUUGAAGUUGCUUGACGCAGUUCACAUUGUUAAUUGGUCUCGCGUAGCGUGGGCAUGCGCUCCUUUGAAGCUGGAAAAGAAGAUAAACUACAACUGCCUCAGACAACCGAGCGAUCUUGAGAAGAAUUGAGUGAUUGCGAUUGUGUCCAAGUGCCACUCAAACAGCCGCAAACUAAUAGAAUCCUCAAAGCUGAGAAAAAGAAAGGAAAAGCGAAGGGAUUUCAAUUGAGAUGACUUGAAUAACUCACACAUAUGGCAACAUAUGCACCCAGUGUAAUAAAUCACUAACAAGAAAUAACAACAACAAAAAGAGUAAAAACAUAUUUGAAUACGAAUGACAUUCCAAUGCGAUUGAGCGCAGCAGAAACGGGCAAAGAGAGGGCAAUAUAAAUGUUUUACAGAUGUCACAACAAAAACAAUACUCCAAAGAAGAACAAAAACAACAAAUAAAUCAGCUAAUGUCAUGAAACAAUGGAAAAAUGUUGAGGCAGAUGGACAGAAGAGACAAGAGUAGAGAGGGCACAAGCAAACGCAUACUAACUAUUGAAGAACAGCAACAACAAAGCAGAAGUUUUAUAAAGAAAGAACAAGCUGCCGUACUGCUAACACCAUUUUUGCAAAGUCUACAGAUACCACAAAAAAUACUCGGCACAAACGGAGUGGUGAGAAUGUUAUUUCGAGAGAGGCAGAGUAUUGACAUAUUAUAGUAACAAGUAAAAAACAAAAAAGGUUACAGAGAAAGAAACAUGGAGGAAGAAAACAUGAUUGAGCCAAAGAAAGAAGACUGUAGAAAGCUUGUAAAAGACGCUGGGAACGUCGGAAUCUUAGAGAGAACAAGCUUAGAACAGCUGCCUAGGAAUUUUGAUGGCAAAUCGAAGCCACGCGGAAGUGCAGUAGGUGAAGACAAAAGUCCAACUGAAAGCAUGUUCGAAGAACCAAUAGAGGGGUUGACAGAGGACACAACUGAAUUGGAGACCCAACGGGUCAGACUUGAAGAGCAUGUGAACGAACUACCUAACGACGAUGACAGUCCAACGCCACGUGUGCUUAUGAAGGUGGACAAAGCGGUUAGUACGAACGACACGCUCGAAGACCUGCAACGAGCGCUCACCUACGAGGUAAUAUUCAGCACACUGCUGCAAAAGAAAGUGAUGGCCAUCAAGCGUGAGUGUGAGGAGCGGAAGCGUGCCAAACGCAUGAAACGUAAGUCCAUUGGACGCAUAUUUUUUAGUCGCAAACUUUUCGGUGGUUCGCGUAAGUUGCGCGGCGAUAGCGAACCCGAUGUUUUCAUGCGUGGCGAGUUUGACGCAAUGAUGGCGUCACCGACCGCAUUACGUAGCACAAAGACUGCAGCAAAGCGAACAAGCGGUAGUAGCGGCAGAAAGGAUGGCGAUGAAAUAGAGGUAUUCUCAACCUCGGCCUCGGCUUCGAAUGGUAGUCAUCGCUCGCAGUUGGCACGUGCCACGCUAACGAAGACGCAGAAGGUUAAAACGCAGCUGACUACUGCACACGGUGCUGCAGGCGGACAGCCGGCUGAUGAUAGCGUGGCCAGCACACUGAGCAAUUCUUCGGAGAAGAAUGAUGUAAGCGGUGCUGGCGCUGCUGGUGGACAGACUAUGGUAAGGCGCAGCUUGUUAGUACGCGCGCAGACGCAUACACCAGCUGAGGUGAUGACAUCGAGCUCGGGCUCCGGCGACUCACGUGCUGCCACACAUAGACGUUCGGUCUCGGUCAUUAAUGGUAACGGCAAUAGUAAUGGCAAUGGUGGCAACGGUGGUUUACCCGUUUCGCUGCUGGAGCGUACCUUUGACACCACUUCAUUGGCCAGUGGUUAUGAGAACGGGACCGGCGCACGCUUACAUACGUCGACGAUGGCCGACGAUAGCUUGACUUCGCUACGCGACAGCAUCGAAAGUUUAUCGUUCGGCAGCUCACGUUGUACGGUAAGUUUUGGCGGCGCCGAGAUCAUACCAGACGAAACUGCCUCACUCAUUUACGAACGUGCACGACUGGCAAAACGCUUGCGCAUACUCGAAGCCAAAUCGAUUAGUGCACAAUGCAGCCCCGUACUGCCACGACAUUUGAUCGCCACGAUACCGGCACCAGCAACGGAGCCAAUGCCACCACUGGCACAGACGACAGUUAGCAUUAACAAUGCCAUGCAGGCCGCUACAACUACGAAGCAUAUAAUUACGCCCACCACUGCCGUUCCUUACACCGCAGCGCCCAGAGCUGGCGCCUACACCACCAUUGUCGGUAGUGAAAUCACAACAGUCCCCACCAGCAAUAAGAUUACCCAAACCAAACAGCACAUCUUUCGCCAUCAAGUGUCUUAUACGGACAGCACUUACGGCGGUGCGGGUGACUUUGGCGACAUGUCCGCCUACUCACGUUACAUUUCGCGUCAGAAUACCUCGGAGGAGAGCGCCAAUUUGACCGUUAGCACUUUGUUGAAUCAAAGCGACUCCUUGUCGCUGCACGCACCCAUCUGCUCGCCAACCGCAGCAGGCGGCGGUGGUGGUGGUGUUGGUGCCUUCAUGCUGGGCGAUCGUUUCAAAUCGAAAAGCACAAGUCUGUUAGUAGUCGGCGGCAUGGGGCGCAAUCGUUUGCUGCCGACACCACAAAUAGUGCAAGCGCCUUUUGUGCCCGCAACGUCAGCUGAUGGCGCCGGCGCAGUGAGCGGGACAUUGCCGUGUAAUAUUAGUCAUAGUGAUCAAUUAGUAGAUAGUUUCAAUACAAAAAAAUUCACUGCGUCUGGCUACGCCGCGCCAGCAGCGCCAUCUAACGCACAAAAUCAAUUGCCCGCACACCGCACCACAAUUAACGGCAGCACAGCUGCUACUAAGACGUUUUCGCCAGCUACUACGGUGUACCAGGCUACCACGGCUGCCGGCAUUACCGACGGCACCACGGCUGUUGUGCCGCUUAACGGUUCACGCGUGCGCAAUGGCAACGCCAAUGGAGUUAUUGUGGGCGGCGCGGCGGUACCUGCGGAUACGGCCAAGCUGAACCGCAUGACUUCGACAUCGACUGGUUCCAGUGUGGCGCCGACUGGUUGCUGCACUACAACGAAGUCUUCAUCGCGCGGCCGCGAGAAGAACAAACAGCGCUACAAGCCCAGCUGGCCGUCAGGGCAGAGCGGCAGUGACGAUGAGUAUCGAAAGCGCAAACGAAAAUACAAACGUUACCACAGAUGUUCAGAUCCGGUUUUGGUUUAUCCAACACCAAGCGGAUUGCAACACUGCAUACUUAGUAUGCCGCCUAAUGAGCCACUCCAAUUUCAGUACAAUGAUAACUUCCCUUACGAUAUGCAAAUCCAAACGGAGUCCGAUAAAAAUGACGACCUUGAAGAAAUAGUUCCAAGCAGCCAUCGCCGACAUCGAAAACAUCGCCAUCAUCGCCACAAAAAGCGACGUCGACAUAAAAAACCAAAAAUCCUAGUGCAGGAUCUGGAAACGCGCAUUGUCAAGGUCGUCGAUCCCGAUGACCUGUCGCAGCGGGCGCGCUGCACAAUCGUUGUGACAGCGUGUCUGCUGCUGGUCAUGUGCCUCAUGUUGGUCGGCGUGACGCUGCGCAUGGCGCCCCUCAUCGAUGAUAUGGUACGCCAAGAGAGUGAACGCCUACUCAAGGAGUCGCUGGAUCGUGCGCGCUCCAACAAAAACGCAACGGAAGCAGCGGCGCAUUUGGCAUUACAACAAAUUCCAUAACACAACGGCGAUUCAGCGGAGCGUA